AUAUAUAUAUUUACCCUUUAAGAAAGAAAAAAAAUCGAACUUCAGAGAAAACCUAAUGUCCAAAACAAUCCAGCGAUUCAUUGUCUUCACUUUUACGUUUCUGCAAUAGAAUCUUGGGUUUGGUUAAGAGAGAUGGACAGAAUCAGUGGGUUGCCUGAUGAAUUGUUGGUCAAGAUUAUAUCGUUUGUUCCGACAAAAGUAGCUGUAUCCACUAGCAUUUUGUCCAAACGAUGGGAGUCUCUUUGGAAGUGGGUGCCUAAACUUGAGUGCGAUUGUACUGAGCCUGCACUUCGGGAUUUUAUUCUCAAGAAUCUGCCGUUACAAGCUCGGAUCAUAGAAAGCUUGUACCUCAGAUUUCGUCGUGAGUCAUUUCUGUUUCAGGAUAUCAAACUCUGGGGUGGAAUUGCAAUUUCUCACUGCUUGCGUGAGCUACGUAUCGACUUUUUUUCUCACUAUGCCAAUCCAUAUGUUAUAUUGCCCAGAAGCUUGUAUACCUGCAAAUCUCUGGUGACCUUGAAACUCCUAGGCUUGGGUAUUCGUGUGGAUGUUCCUCGAGAUGUUUGUCUCCCUUCUUUAAAAACUUUGCUACUUCAAUGUGUGGCAUACUCAGAAGAAGAUCCUCUUCGACUGCUUCUUUCCUGUUGCCCUGUUCUUGAAGAUCUGGUUAUUGAACUAGAUGAUGCAAACCAAAAUGUGAAAGCGCUAGUUGUUAUUGUCCCAACUUUGCAGUGUCUAUCCUUGAAGAUACCUGCUUCAUGUUCUGAUGAACGGUAUUUGAUUGUUACCCCUUCUUUGAAGUAUUUCAAAGUUGAGGAUGACAGAGAAAUUUUCAAUGCUUUGAUUGAGAAUAUGCCAGAGCUGGAAGAAGCGGAUAUCUAUGUUACGCAACAUAUUGAGACGCUUCUCGAAUCAGUUACAUCUGUCAAACGACUUACACUACGCCAAUUGUACAACAGCAUAGAUGAGUAUAAGUGUCGUGCUGGUAUUGUCUUCAAACAGCUUGAACAACUGGAGCUAUCCAUAUGCAGUGAUAAUUGGACAAAGUUAGUUAUAUGGUUGCUCCAAAAUUCUCCCAAUCUGCGAGUUCUCAAUCUUGACGCUGAUAGUGAUUAUGAACGUUAUGAGGAGUAUGAACAGGAUAACUGGAAGAAUAUACAAAGAUCUGUUCCUAAAUGUUUGAAGAGCAGUCUCAAAACUUUGGAGUUUGCAGGGUACACGGCAAGGCCAGAAGAGAGGGAUUUCUUGAGUUUUAUCUUCAAAAAAGCUCGUUGCUUGAAGACUUCAUCAAUCUCGCAUUGACCACAACAUAAGAAACUUGAGAGCUAUCGCAUUUUAUUCUGAAUCUUGUUUUCCAAAGACAAUUUGGUUUUAAACUGAAUAUGGAACUUGCUUAAGAACGAAACUAGUGUAGAUUAUUAAUCUUAUCAUGUGGUUAGUGACUUAGUUCUAUGAUCUGGUUAUAUGUGUGUGUGUGUGUGUCGCAGUCUUAUGUUUGUUUAAAAUAUUUCAAAUAAAUCCGAAAUACAAU